GAGUACCAUGAUCCAUCUGGUAUCUUCCCUUUGAUCUCGCGUGACCUAUCUUCCAGGUUGCCUUUGCGCAAUCUGAACUGGAAAUCUCCCUCGAGACCCUUGCGCUCAAUAGGCGCUCUUCAUGUCGAAUUCGUUCCCGAUGCUCAGACCGAAGCUUCAGAGAGUGACAAACUACAGCGUGUCGACUCCUACGGCUCCAGAGCCGGUGCUCCUUCGGCUACCAAAGAGAGAAGACACCAGAUUCCAGGCCUGCGUCAAACUCCCUACCUCAGAGUCUACCUUCUACGAUGCGACGACAAGGACACAUACAAGGCUUCGUCGCGCCAGCUGCUCCGCGACUGGAUCAACGACGUGGAUCCUUCUUCUAAAAGCUCCUCCGCCAUUAAUCGCUCCGAGGACCACGACGCUGCUGAAUGGCUCAUCCUGCACGUAGUCAUUCCUGACACCAUCGCCGCUUCCGAACCUCGCUGGACCGCUGCAUCCAAGAAAGAGCCCGAUGAGUUGGUUGAGAGGCCGUCAAGCACUACUAAAUGGCCUGGCAAGAGCUCAAGGACUGUAUUGGACAAGAUACGCGCCGAUUUUACUGCUUCCUCCAAGUCUGGUCCAGAGCGUAUUGCUCAGAUAAGGCUGCAGAAGAAAGACGUGCCUCCACAACUACUACCUCAGACGCCUGUCGCUCAACCUUACAUCGAGAGCCCGCAAGAACAGGAUAACGCCUGGCAGGACCUUAUUGCAAAGUUCAAAACAUUGAUCUUGAUGUCCUUUGAUCUACGGGUGCUACAGUACGAGGAUGGUAUUCGUGAGAAGGACUCUCAACGUUCUCUACCUGGUUGGAAUUUUUGCACCUUCUUCACUUUGAAAGAAGGUCUAGCUCGUGGUUUUGAGAGUGUUGGCUUGGUCGAAGAUGCUUUGGCAAUAUAUGAUGAGCUUUCGGUAGGGCUCGACUCUGCUCUGCGUGAUUAUGAACCUGGUGCCACCCAAGGUACUUUCCUCGGUGACCUGAGCGCUCAGCGAAGCUCUCUUCUGGAGAUGAUCAACGCAUCAUCAGACACAUCCAAGCUUGAGCAACUAACUUUGCAGUUCCGAGAGACAUACAAGUUGCCAUUGGAUCUGACUAACAAGGACUAUCGUGGUGAGAUUGUUUCGAGCACAAUAUCUCUUUUGNACUUUCGGUCAUAUAUUUUCGCCAGGCAGAGGACACUUUUGCUUCGCUUGAGUGCUGGGAGUGGUAACCUUCAACAGGCCAGACCUUCCAGUGCCAGGGACAACCCCAAAGACGACAAUUUGACUUUUGCUGCUGAAGUUUGUAAGAGAGCGGCCCUUNUUGCUGCUACCAAUGCUCGUGCUCUUCGCAGCGGCCUUACCGAAGGGUACGGUCACAUCCUCGUGCAUCAGAUAGAUUCUUUUGUUGAUAGCUGUGUAGGUNCUGAAAUCAAUUCUCAUCUUUCUUCUCUCGCGGAAAACAUCGCUUCUUCCUGGACAUACGCUGUACUUGACCAAGUGCUUGAUGAGACCGCUUCAAAAGAUUCUUCAUCGUCCGGCGAGAAAUCACUACUACAGCCGCAAAACCAGACACCGGGCGUCUACUCCAGGAAGGAGGCCGGUGGUAAUUUCAAUUUCCCUCAGGGUGCAAACACUCAUCCUACGCGGUCGAGCUCUCUGCAACGCAGCGUGUCGUCCUCGUCACAGUUGACACCACAAACGAUAUAUGAAAAUGAACGAUAUGCCAGAUCUAGUCCCAAUACUCAACCUGACAAUGUAACCACGAAUGGAACUGGCACCGCUGUUCUUGCGUCUGGUCGAGCUCAACUUCUUCUAAUGCAACGGAGGAUUAUCGAAGCACUCGCGAAACAGAAGGGUUGGCUUUCAGGAUGGGCGGCGAUCAGUUCAACACAAACCCUCACCGACAUUGACCUUGACAACAAAGAAGUUGAAUCAGGGGAAGAGGGGUCCAAGACAUCGACAUCACCUGCAGAAACGGAGAAGAUAGCAAACAUGCUUCUUAGUGCCCCGCUUUCGGCUGCGCUCACAUCUUUGGAAGAGUUUAGAGCGGUUUAUGAGAAAUUGAGCGAGCUAGCAGUGUCACAUUUCACUACAGCAAAUCACUCCAAAUCCGCUGACUCUGUCCUGAGCGAUCUUGCUAUACUCAAANUAGUAGGUCUCUUGAAAACAUCGAUAACCCUCAUCUUUGCUGACUAUCAACCCAGCCAACUUGGUGAUGUUGCUCAGGCAGCUACUUACUUCCAGCGAUCAUCCACGACUUUCUCAAAGACGAGUUGGUCCUACGUCCACGGAGAGAUGUUGAGGAUAUACGCCAAAUGCCUUAAAGAUCUGCACCGGCGGGAUGAAUACAUGAGAGUUAUGCUAAGUCUGCUGGGCAAAGUUGUCGCACGUCGUACGACAAGAGCACUCCCUAGAGUACGCAGCACCUCCGCAUGGCUGGAUGAGGAGACUGUUGAUAUUAGUGGUGUCCUCGGAGAGCUCGUGAGCUUUUCAGAGGAAUUACCCUAUAACUUCACGGCCUCGAUGUCUGAUUUCUUUGCUGAAAUUGAUGUCAGCCCUGAAAUUGUACUACACUCAGAUCAGGAUGGAUUCGGCUUGAACGUUCGCUUUAAGCACCUUCUGGACGAUGACCUUAAGAUCGAUCGCGUCAAACUACGAUUGGUACUAGCAAGUGACGCUAGCCAGGAAAUACUUCUGCAGAGUGAUGGUCCUCUCGAGUUGAAACGAGGCCUUGCGAAACUUCAAGUUCACUCGAAUGUUACAACAUACGGGCAUUAUCUGAUCGACAAAUUGGUACUGGAGUCUAAGAAGCUACAGUUCACGCACGACUUCNAACCAAAACCUCAGACAACACCACUUGGCAUAACCAAUGCUAGCCUGUUCGAGAGAAGAUCCAGCUCGAGUGGGCCUUCAUUGCUGAUCUAUCCUCAUGGUGAUUCUCUGGAGGUUCGUGCGACGUUGGCCAACGAGAUACACAUCGACAAAAUACGAUCUGUUGUGUUCACAAUCUUGACAGGGCGUAACAAGACCGAAAGUCUUGACCUGCGAUUGAAAUCUGCUUCUGCUGGGUUGAGAUUACACACUGCAGAUGCUGCAGUUAUAGAGAGUGACCAUAGUCAGCUAGACACAUCACAGGCUGGCAUACUCAAGCUUGGUGUUGUGGAGGCAGGAGUUGUUCUCAAGGUUCUAGUGCCUUAUAGCACGGAGCGCAGCCUCGACGAGCUUACUGUCAAGCUUGAGGCAAACUAUCGUACCGGCAAUGGGUCGUUCUCGUAUCUGCGUGCUUCAACAAUACCGGCUGCGCUACCUCUGGAUGUGGAUGUUAACGACAUCUUCAAGUCUCAGGCUCUUUUCUCACGGUUCAGCAUCAGGACGACAAACGCGGUACCACUGAAGGUAACUAAUGUGCAGGUAGAAGACUCGCAGGCGUAUGGAGUGCGAGCUCUACCUUGCNCCUUGCCAAUGACUGUGUUUGACAAACAGCCGGCCAGUCUGACUUACAAAAUCACGAGAAAGGAUGCUGCAGGAAGCAAGCUGAACAAGAAGGAAGCUGCAUUGGCACUAACGGUCGAGUACAUACGCUCAGACGAGGCCAUUUUUGAAAAGCUUGGCGAUGUGCUCGAGAAGGCAGUUGCAAACAGUCCUNUUGCGACUUUGCGACGCUUGCUCGUGCCUACCUUGUUGAACAGAGUCAAAUCUUACGCACCAGCUCAGCAGCUCGAACAGGCCGUGCUUCUUAAUGAGUUUCAGAUACCCUCGUACGAGGCAACAGGGUGGGGAAGGAUUGUUGCCAGUCUCACACCUGACAAGCGACCGGGCCUGGACGAAUGGUUGCAAGAGUGGCACUCGGUAAGAUUCUUUUCCUAUGACCACUGUAAAGCCAGAUCUCAUACUAACUUCUUGUACAGANACAAUCAAAAGCUGAUUCUCGAUGAGUCUACGGCAGCUGCCCUAUCAAGGAAGAUUACGCUCUCGGUUGAAGUGCCAACAGUUGACGUCUUGCAUACCAUCACUCUUCACCUUGAUAACGACGACUCUACCAAAGCAGUCAUCAUCGGUCGUCCAAUUUCCGCCAUACUUGCCAUCAAACACACGACACGUUGGGCUAGUGCGGAUCUGACAACAGACACACCUCUAGCCUUUUCAUAUACCAUCGAUGCUCCUACAGACGGUCCAUGGCUCGUGGCUGGACCAAAACGCUCACGAUUCAACUACAAGCCUGAUGAAGAAGAGACCAAGAUCUCGCUCGUGCUGGUGCCCCUGAGACCGGGCAUGCACCUUCUGCCUUCUGUGGACAUCCAACCGGUCAUCACUUCUACUAGCAGCUCUGAUUCGAGCGGCGCAUCACGAUUGCUCGGCUCCAGACAAAAUGGUGGACCUGUCGAGGAAGAAACAAUACAGCCCCUGGUCAGCUGCGAGACUGAUUAUCACAACUCUGGCGAGACCGUCUUGGUGGUGCGAGAAGCGAGAACAACAACGGUGACGGUGAGAGAGCGGGAUAUCAUGCCACCGUUGCAGAGGAUACCCACCGCUACCGAGUCGGGAGGCAAACGCACCUUCAUCGUCCUCGUCAUUGCCACAAUCACUUCCUUUGUCGGCAAGGUGUUCUGGGACGGCAAGUACAAGGCCUCCCCCAAAAAGGAGGCUAAGAAAAAGGCAAAGAAGUACAGAGGCUCGGGGUACAAGCCUGCCAGACAUGAGAACUAUGAUGCAGAUGCUUGCAGAGGUUCGUACUUUGACGAU